AUGGUUACAGCACUAGUCUCAGGAGGCAACCGUGGUCUAGGCUACGGUAUAGUCCGUCGUCUUGCCAACGAGUUCCCCUCCUCAACCCUCUACUCCCCCUCCUCUUCCGAAAAGCUAACCAUCUAUCUCGGCUCCCGAGACCUCAGUAAAGGAGAAGAUGCCAAGAAAUCAAUCCUCACCGAUCUCUCGACCACCACUCGCGACCGAGUCAACAUCGAAGUUCGACAACUCGACACCUCCUCCCACUCCUCCAUCUCCGCCCUCGCCUCCGAACUCAGCCCCGGCCUUAACAUCCUCAUCAACAACGCCGGUAUCGCCCUCGAAGGUUUCGACGGUGACGUAGCAAAGCAAACCGUCGCUACCAACUACUACGCAGUCCAAGACAUGAUCAAAACCAUCCCCGUCAAAGAUGGAGGUCGGAUCAUCAACAUUGCUUCCUUCGCAGGUGUAUUGCGCAACUUUGGCGAUAACAUCAGGGAUAGAUUCAGGGAGAGUAAGACGGUCGGAGAUGUAGAUGGGUUGAUGAAGGAGUUUGUUGAUGUUGUCAACGAUGGGACGUGGAAGGAGAAGGGCUGGAAAGGUGCGGCUUAUGCGACGAGUAAGAGUGGUGUGAUUGCGUAUACGAGAGCACUUGCGAAGCAGUAUGAGGGGGAGGGAAAGAAGGUGAGCGUCUUCAGCUGCUGUCCUGGUUAUGUCAAUACUGAUAUGACGAAGGGGAAGGGACCUAAGACGCUGGAUCAGGGUGCGGAGACUCCUGUCUAUCUCGCUUUGCACAGUACUGAGGCUAGACCAGGAGAGUUUUGGUCCGAGAAGAAACCUGUGGAUUGGGAGCUGAAGAACGGCGGCAGCUAG